AUUUUGAAAUAAAAUAGUACUUAAGGAUAAAGCAAAAUAGGUUAGGGUUUUAACCUUUUGGGCAUCCAUUUCAUAGGGUUUUCUGAAAGGAAAAGCUCGGUGGUUUUGCGUUUCAUCAGAUUUGCGGAAGCCUCUGAUUUGGGAGUUGUGUUGGUGGUGGUGAUUGGAUUUGAGCCGUUGGAUUGACCUUUGAUCUGGGCUUUUGCGCCCUGCGGCUGGUUAAAUCCAUGAUCAUCAGCGUCCCAUGGACCCUUCUCCUGUGCGAACCACUCCACCUCUCGAAGAAGAAGAUGAGUGGGACACUGAUGGAUUUGUGAUUCCAAGCUUGGUGAUUGAAGAGCAAGAUAGCAGUAAUCACAAUGCUCCAACGUUAGAAGCUUCAAAACCACCAUCUCCAAAGGCCAAAAAAGAAGAGAAGAUCUACUUAGGACCGCACGGGGCUCCUCCUUUGCAAUCAAAGCAGCAAGAGGUAAACCCUAGUAGCCGUAAGCAGAAGUACAAGCAGAAACUGAAGGAAGCAGAUAAGAAAAGUACCAGGACAGGCCGAGAGAAUAAGUUGGAGAAUCUGAGAGAGCUUGUGGGUGGGAAAGGAAGCAGCAGCAUGGCAAAGGGUUCUAACAGGGAUUGGUUAGACCCACACUGUCACGAGUCUCAGUUUGAGAAGUGGAACACCCAGUGAUUAGAGUAUCGCAUGUUUUGAAUUGCUCGAAACAUUUGAAUUUGGCAUCCCGAUCGUGUUAGGUUUUGAUCUUUUAUAUCUAUGGAGACAUUUGAAGCCAUGUAUCUUGACAACAAUGUUUUAGUUGAAUCUUCCACCAUUAUUCCAGAA